GCAAAAAUGGUACCAUGUAGCGAUUAGAUCGUCUUUUUGCUGACAUUAUCUUCUUUUUUUUAAUAUGUUUAUACAUGAAAAUAAUGUGGGAGAGAAAUUUAUAUUUAAAUGGCUUCAAGAAAAUGGAGUAUUGUCAACCAUAUAGUGGAAGAUUUCACAAAUGCUGAUAAAGUUUCGUGUAAUGUUAGUGAAUCAAAUUUUGAGGAAAGUAAUGUUAGCCAUAUUGAGAGGUUCUCAUCAAGUGACGAAGAUGAUGUUAUUGAUGAUAAACAUUUCAAGCCGACCAAGACAAAAUAUUACACAUCUAAAAGACGUUUGUUUUACAAGUCGGUUAAAAAUGAGCGUAAACGAUCAAAGGUCGAUGAAAGUUGUGAUAAAGACCAAACAGUUCCAGAAAAAGCUACAGAUAAAAUUCCUUCAAAGAGUCAAACAUCAACUAACUCUUCAAUAAACAUUUCCACUUCUUGCAUUACUUCACAUAGUUUUCGGAAAUCAGUUCAAGCUGCAAAUGCCAAGAAAAAUUUUAUCAAUGGAGCCAAAAAUGACCACACUACUAAAUAUGGCAUGUUCCUGAAAAAUUUGAACAAUUCUUUGAUGUCACCAUUUAUCCAUGAGGAUGAUAACAUAGCUGUUAGUCAUGAUAUUGAUUUCAGUGAUAGCGAUAGUGAAGAUAAACAUUCUUUGAUUGAUCAUUAUAAUGAUGAAAAAUCUAAUGACAACAAUCUUCUCUCUGUCAUAAACACGUCUCAAGAUGAACAAAGUGAAGAAAGUGUAAAAAUUGCUGAAUAUAAUUCAGAUAGUGAUUCUUUGCCAAAGGAGUGUACACCUGACAUUGAUUCCAAUACCCCUACACCUACCCCUAAUACCCCCACAUUGACUCCUAAUACCCCAUCCAAAGGAGUUGAUAUCCAAGCUCCAUUGGAUUCUACAAAGAAGAAUAAAAAGCGUGUGAGAAAUGGGCUUGCAGAAAGAUUGGUAAAACUGACCAUCCUGGAAGAGUCAGAAAGAUGUCUUUGGCAUCAUAAUCUGCAAUUUAAAAACAACAUUGAAAAUAAUUACAGCAUGAAACCCUCCAUAAAUGUUCAAGUUGUCUCUGAAAGCUGGGAUUAUAAUAUUUGUUUUCUUUUCUGCAACGUCAUAACACAAGAUGUCACUUCAUCACUACCAAAUAAAAUCACUGUUUUAUUGGACGGCGAACAACGAAAGAACCUGGGUCUUACUCAUAUGACGUCAUCAAACAUUAAAAUUUAUCGUCCAUGGAAAAUUAUCAAUAUAAAUUGUGAUCCAGUAUUGUUAUGUGUCGCUCAUUGUGAAGUUGCGUUCUUUAAAACAUCAAUAAAUGACCGUGUUCUAAAACCUUCGUUUGAAGAGACUGGAGAUGAGAUGUCAACUCAAUGCAGAGAUAAAGUCGUUAUUGAUAACGUGGAUACUAUGAGAUCAGUGGACAUUGUUGUUGAAUGGCCUUUGAAGGAUUUUUGUGAAUACAAAGGAGUAAUGAGGACAAAGAGGAUAAACGUAACUGGUCGUGUAUUGAGAACUUAUUGGCGUUGUUCAAAAAGACGGAUUGUAAAAUUUCAAGAUUUUUCAUCAUUGACAUCUACAAUAACAAAGAAUGCCUCAGAUAUAGCAAGGAGAAAAACUGAAAUGAUGUGUUUUUGUUUUCUGGUUCAAGCAUCUGAUGGUCGUGUUUUACUGAAGUCAGAGUGUGGGAAGAUGUAUUAACGAAGAGAGAAGAUUGGUAUUCUUUUCUCUGCCGAACAGAGGGUGAAUUUUUACAGUUUUGUGAUGUUCGUGUAGAAAAUGUGACAACAAGAGAAAGGUGUUGUCAAGUUUUUGAUUUCAUGGACUGUUUCACAUUAAAGAAUUAUGCCAGGCAGCAAAUGUGUUUUGUCUUUACACUUCAUGAAAAGUCCUUUAUAGAAACAUGUGUGAACUUAUGUAAAGAAGAGAACCUUCAAAUCGACGCAACUGUAACUGAUGG